ACUACAGGGAAAAUCCAGGAACACAUCACCAAUCAGAACUCCGAGGUACACAUGCCUGAGGACCUAAACAAGAAAACAGGAAAUCCAAUCAACUUGGGGAGACCCACUAGGGUUUUAAAGAAAAGCAGCUAUUCACUGGGAGAGAACAGAGCUCCCCAGUCAUCAACAGAUAACUCAAUAGGAACACAUCAAGGAGCUGAGCCCAUUGAAACAAACUGGCCACUGGUCACUCAGCCCUUAAACACAAGUUCAGUCCAAGGCCACAGAUGGCAGAAAGCAGGUGCAACCCAAGAGAAACGUAGAUCUUUCCUUCAUGAGUUUUGCAAGAAAUAUGGUGGAGUAAAUGAUCCCCAGUCCAACAUAUUUCGAAUGGUAUCCAGGAUCUAUGUAGAAGACAAACACAAAAUCCUGUACUGUGAAGUACCAAAGGCUGGCUGCUCUAAUUGGAAAAGGGUUCUGAUGGUCCUAAAUGGAUUGGCUUCCUCUGUGUACAAUAUUUCUCAUGGUACUGUGCACUAUGGGAAGCAUCUGAAGACAUUAAAUAGCUUUGACUUAAAAGGAAUAUACAUGCGUUUGAAUACCUAUACCAAAGUUGUAUUUGUUCGAGAUCCCAUGGAAAGAUUAGUGUCAGCAUUUAGAGAUAAAUUCGAGCAUCCCAAUAGUUACUACCAUCCAGUAUUUGGGAAGGCAAUUAUAAAGAAAUACCGACCAAAUGUCUAUGCGGAAACAUUAAAUAAUGGAUCUGGAGUGAAAUUCAAAGAAUUCGUCUACUAUUUGCUGGAUGCUCACCGUCCAGUGGGAAUGGAUAUCCACUGGGAAAGGGUCAGCAAACUGUGCUAUCCAUGUUUGAUCAACUACAACUUUGUAGGGAAGUUUGAGUCGUUAGAAGAAGAUGCCAAUUACUUUCUCCAGCUGAUUGGUGCUCCAAAGGAGCUGAAAUUUCCAGACUUUAAGGAUAGGCACUCCUCUGAUGAAAGAACCAGUGCUCAAGUGGUAAGGCGGUAUUUAAAGGACCUGAGCAGAGCGGAGAGACAGCUCCUCUAUGACUUUUACCACUUGGACUAUUUGAUGUUUAAUUACACAACUCCACAUUUGUAAUUUGCAUUCAUUUUCUAAAGCCCUGAAUUGACUUAAUGAUGAUGGCCUGAAAUCAACUACUGUAAUUUUCCUACAAUUCUCUGUAUGGGGGAAAUUUAACUAAGUGAAGUUGUCUUGAUUGAAUGAAGUUUUUUUUUUUUUUUUUUUUUUUUUUUUCUAAACCAAAGAGUAUGACAGCAAUUGGCACAAAGUUAUUGGAAAAUCAUCUCAAGGAGACAUGUAAACAACUUGAUGUGCUUUUAAAUGUUGGAGAAAGAGCUGUUUUGGCAUUGUGACUUAUACCAUGGAAGCAAUAAUCUAGCCAGCUGUUACAUUAACCAAGAAAGCCUCUUGCAUGUAAAAUAAGGGGGUCAAAAAUGGAGAGAACUAUGUAUCCAAAUCCUGGCAUCUAUCAUCUACCAUGCUUGAAUCUAUUCUUAGCAGUCUAUGGCACAUGCAUCAGAUGACUGGGUGGUGUUCUUACUCCUGAAUAUCCCUAUCUACUGUGAUGAUGAAUCCAUUGUGAGAUGUUUGGGCAUAGGCAUUUUACUAUCAAUCUGGAGGCAUUCCGUGAUUUACAAUAUAACAAUAGAGCAGAAAAACAGAUGAAGCUCUGGCUUUUUUUUUUUAACAGCCAGUAAAAAUGCACAACAUGCUAAGAUCAAAACAACAAAAGCCACCUUUCUCUUCCAGGAAAAGCUUCAGGGGAUUGAUUUGCUUUCUUUUCAUUUUUGCAGGGUGGGGGGAGGAAGGAGGUUGAGCCCCCCAUGAAGAGACAAAUGAGCACAACCAAGCAGGUCCUCAUUUCUAAACAUCAUCAGAUAGAAAUGUGCUCUUAAUUCUGCCUUAAUUGGAAAGGGGGCAAUUGUUUCAGGAUGGAAUAAUCAUCAAAACCAAAAGUUGCCGUUCUGAAUAUAGAGCUCUAACAAUAACAGUUUUAUAAGAAUCUUACUUGAAUCAAAGCUCCAUGUGCAGCGUUUUCUGUGCGGAAUGCACUCUAAGAAUAGCUUUGGUUUGCAGUCUAAUUAUUCAACUUGGGAAUAACUUUUUAAGAACUAAUAUACCACUUCAAAGACAGGUUAUGUUCUAGAGAAUAAACAUAACAAGAGCCCCUAGAAAUGUUUUUAAUAGGCUUAUGCAUAAGCAAAUUAAGGUAUUUUCUUCUUAAGUUUAAAUACUCUAUACUAACAAAGUCAAAUGCCAUUGCAUUCAAAUAUUAAAUCAAAGUCUUUGGAAAAUAGGACCAUGUGUCACCCUUAUGAAAAGUUGUAAUGUACUUUAGGAAUUUUUUCCAAGGGUUCUUAAAUUUAAAGACACAUUCAGAUGAGAAGUACAUUUUAAUUAGUUAACUACUGCCCUGACUUAAGCAAACCACAUGUCAAUCAAAUCCUGUGGAAAUGUUUUUCUUAAAUAUGUUUCUCUUCCUACGCUAUCGUUUUUUGAUCAGUAAAUAUUCAGCUGUCUUGCAAAGAAAGCUAGGUCUUAAUAUUUGAAUAUUAAUAGACCGAGAUCCUUAUAGUCAUACGUGUCUCAUUUUGAUUUUCCAUUUCAUGGCUGAGUAUUCAUAAAUUGCUUCACUCUGCACACACCCGCCCUAUCUCCUCCACAUCUCACAUGAGUGGGUGAACUGCAGUGAGGCCACAUCAGCAGCAGUAUUCAGCUCUGCACACCAACCUUUGCCCACUUUCCAGCCCACUUCUUUAUGCCUCUAGACCAUCCCCUUAGCCGAGUAAUCUAAAUUAUAUAAAUUAAAGUCUUCAGUACUGGGUACAGUGGAUUCCUAGCAACUUAGAGACCUUGAAAUUACCUUUUUCUGAGAAAGAGAAAAGAGAAACGUCUAUUCUCACAACACUCAAAGCUCAUUUUAGACAGCGCCUGCUACAAAAGCAGCAUUCCUAAGUGGAAAUAAGAAAUAAUGAAAACACCAAAAAUAUAUUUUUAAACCUUCCCCCCACACACACACACUUUCAUAGCUCUGGAAAGGAAAAAUGAAAAUACUCUCUGGUAUUAGCAUUUCUCAUACACUGGGGGAGCGGACAUAUUUGUAUGCCCUGUUUAAACAGACACAAGACCUUUACCGGUGGAGAAGUGAGAGAGAAGGAUAAUGUGGUGUUCUCCCCAAUAGCCACUCUGUGACUUUUGCUGUGACAAUGAUGCCACCAUGCCAGGUUUCACGUUUUGGAGUCCCAACUACCAACCCUCUUCCUCUGCGGUGUGAAAAUACUAAAUGGAAACUUUCAGAAAUAAACAACACAUAUGUUUUAA